AUGCGGAGCCUUAUAAGCAUCUGCCUCCUAGCCACCCUGGCCGUCCAGGCGGCAGGCCAAGCCAUUGGAAACUGGACGAUCUAUCGCUUCUCCCGCAACUGCACCGACGCCGUGGAGCCGCCCAAGGACCAGAACCGGUGUUCGUACCACUUCUUCAUCAGCGAGAAGCCAGCCGGCGCCCCGGGCGCUUCCUUCCAACAAUGCACCAUCCACGUCUACUCCGACUGGUUGCCGGCCACACAGAUCCCAUGGGUGGCCGUGGCCUGCCUGGAGAACACGGAAGUGUCAAAGUACGCCGUCAGCAGCGGUUGGAACAGCAAUGGCUUCAUCACUGUCAACGUCAUGAACCUCUUCACGCUCGAGAACGCGUACUUUGGCUACGACGACAAGGACCUGGUGGGCGGGGCUGAGGUCGCGAGCAAGACGGAGAGGGCAUACAAGUUUGGGACGUUUGAGCCGCUUCACCCUGGCGGUGGUGAACUUUCGAGGUUGGAGCAGCGCAGGUCAGAGGCUCUUGUGCAGAGGCGAGAUGACUGCGAUGAGGCUUGGUGGGUUGUCAAGAAACUGCAAAGGAGGAUAGACAUGUCAAACCACGUGAAGAUGUGGUUUGUCCUGCAGCGUUGCGGCAUGAAAGACGCGCGCUGUGAUCUCCUAACCGAAGGGGCCAACUUCACUCGAGGUAUCGACGCCAGGCUGGACGACUUCCACGAUAAACCCUGCGACAACAACAAAGAUCUUCACAUCUCUUGGGGCUACAAGGCCGACACGGAUGGCGGCGUCAUGACUAUCGAAGAUCGGAAAAUGCGUCUUCGGGCGUUUCUCGGCUGGGAUCAUGUCAAUGAUCAGAUCACCAUUGAAAAGGAGGCUCGCGGCAAGGUAGAGGCCUACUGA